GUCGACCGAUCGUUCAGUUCACAUGCGGUUCGACUCGUGAGUUGUGUUGUUUGACGUCUACAUUUCGUUGCGUACUCGUGCCACUCAUUGUCAUAAUAAUUUUAUAUUAUAUCGUUUAUGAUAAUAAUAAUAAUUAUAUACGUAUAUAACAAUACGUUAUCGUGUAUUUCUCUUCAGUAGCUACUUCGUAUCGUAAACAAUUAAAUAGUACACAGUCGUUCGUUCGACUUCUGUACCGCGAUUCCGUUUCAUUUCGUUUCACGUUUAUUUUUUAUUUUUUUACCUUUUUUUAAUAAUUAAAAUCAUUGUAAUUGUAGUCACUAUUUUUCGACGACAAGGAAACGCAAUAUAAAUAGUACUUAAUACGUUCAAUACGUAGACCCAUUAUUUGUAAUAAUAUUGCAUACGUUCAGAAAACCGGAUCAAUCGUCCAUCUCACGAGUUUCGUAGUAAACACCAACUUUAUAAUACGAUACAUUAUCAUAUAGCCGCGAUAUUUAAAAAUGGCAGAGUCUUUCGUUCAAACAAUUGUCACCGAUCGAAUUAUGGAAAUGGCUUAAAUCCAGUAUCAACUGUUGUCAUUCGUUGUGUGGCUUUUUUAUUUGUUUGUCAACGCUGAAAGAGAAAUUAUAAUAAACUAUGCAAAGUAUUAUUUUCGAUUAUGCAGUUUUUCUACUGCUGAUUGCAUUGUCAUUUGGAGUAUUAAUCUAUAGUAAAUUAUCCGGUCCCAAAGAACAGACAAAAGCGGACUAUGUGUUUGCAUCGAAAGGGUCAGUUUCGAUGGGAGCGAUGCUCCUAUCAAUUGCACGUGGAUUUCUGGGAGUCAAAGUCUUCCUCGGGUAUCCAUCGGAGUUUUAUUACAGAGGAAGUGGAAUGUGGGAAACCUUGUACGGAAUGUCCCUAGCAUUUCCUUUGGUUUUAUAUUUUUUCCUACCAGUGUAUUUUAAUCUCGGAAUUACUUCAGUUUAUCAAUACUUAGAUAUGCGGUUCAAAUCAAGACUCGUGAGGAGGCUUGCGUCUGGUACAUAUUUUAUUAGAAGUAUACUUAACCUUGGCGUAACAGUUUUCACACCUUGCGUCGCCUUAAAAACUGUGAUGGGAUUACCAUAUUGGUUUUCGAUCAUCUUAAUUACAUCGAUUGCCAUCGUUUUCACAUUACUGGGAGGUUUAAGAUCAGCUAUCCUUGCAGAUGCCGUACAGAGUUUAGUGAUGAUUGGAUGCAGUAUAGUUAUCAUCGUACACGGUUUCUUUAUAGCCAAAGGCCCAUUAAAUGUAUUCGAAGUGACCAAGGAACGGAACAGGCUAGACUUUUUCAAUUUUGACCUGGAUCCUACGAUUCGUGUGACAACGGUUUCCGCCACUCUUGGUCAGCUGUUCAUGUCGCUUUCGAUGUUCGGAUGUCAACAAAAUUUCGUUCAACGCUACUUUAGUAUGGACUCUCAGAAACAAGUUGAAAAGGCUUUGUGGCUGACCAUACCGUUGAUGAUAUUCCUCUUCAGUCUAUCGUGGAUCGUCGGUAUGGUAAUAUUUACGGUGUACGCUGAUUGUGAUCCUCGAGCACUUGGAUACAUAUCGGAGAUCGACGAAAUCAUACCUUUUUACAUUGAGGAUAAAUUUUACUUUUUGCCAGGUUUCAUGGGACUCGUAUUGGCCAGCUUAUUCAACAGUGGGCUUAGUAUACUAGUUUCAAACUUAAAUUCAAUCUCUACUGUUGCUUGGGAAGAUUUUGUCUCUCAAAUACCUGUAUUCAAAGGUGCCAGUGAAAAAAAUCAAUUAAUAUGCAUUAAAAGCCUAAGUGUAAUUACUGGUUUUAUAGUUAUGGGUAUUGCGUUUAUUGUUGCACAAUCUUCGGGCGUAAUUGAUGCUUCUCAGCUAAUGACGUCUGCAACUAGUGGCCCUCUUUUGGGAGUUUUUGUUUUAGCUAUGUUUUUCCCAUCAACGAAUUGGAAAGGUGCUGCUGCCGGUAUGAUAUCGAGUCACUUGAUGACCCUAUUUAUUGUAAUUGGAUCAUUGUCUUUGGCCAAAGAACCUGAGUAUCUGCCAGUGUCCACUGAAGGGUGUACGAAUACAACGUUCUCGCCUCAUAUUGAGCCGAUAUUCGAUGUACAGUAUAGUCAAUAUAAAAUGAGUUUUAUCAACAAAACCCAUGACGACUUGGGUGUUUCCAGCGUCUUGUCGUCGCCCGAAGUCAAAUCGUCCUCAAAAGACGAUAUACUGACAAUGUUGUACUCGAUAACAUAUAUGUACUACUCAUUAUUGGGCACAUUCGUAACAGUCUUCGUUGGUGUCAUAGUCAGCUACAUGACAGACUUGUGGAGCAAAGAAGAGUCGACCAAUGAGGACCUGUUGCACCCCAUGAGCCUUAAAGUCAAGUCCAUGUGCACUGGCGAGAAACAGCGGUACGUCACCGACGGCAAACACAAUAACGGCCCAAGUACGCUGCCUAUGACCAACGAGGCGCAGCCCACGCCGCUCUCGAGCGUGUUUACGAUCAAGUCAAACUCAUCCUAGUAACCGUGUGUCCAGUUAUACGUGGAAUCCUACGCGUAAUAAUAAUUAUUAUAAUAUACGAUGUCCGUACAUCAAACACACAUAAUAACAUAAAAUGAUUUCAGUCUUCUUUGUAUUAUUAUUCGACGUGUACCUAAGUCGUAAAUACGUAAUUUAUAAUAUAUGAUGACGAAAUGAAUUAAUUUUUAAUCAAAUACGGUAUAAUAAUUAGGUUUUUAGGUAGGUAGAUAAUGUAUUAUAUUAUAAUAUAAUUAGUGUUAUAAUUUAGACGCAACCUAAUACCAAAUUUGCAACCCCUCCCCCCCCAAUCACUACCACAACCAGUGAUAAUAUAUCAUAUUAUAUUAUAUUAUAGGCAGUAUUAUAUUAUUUAGAUACCCACACGUUUAUGUUGCAGGUAUCGUAGCUACUAGCUGGUAUGGGUUAUGCCAUGUGCCCCAUAAUAAAUUGUAUAUUAGUAUUAUAUAGCGUCACUCGAUUUAAUAAUUUAUUGUUAAUUAUAUUUUUAAUAUUUAUUUGACGUAAAGUAUACGAUAAUAAUAAUAACAUGAAAUGACGCGGUCCUGCAAAACAAACAAUUGAAUAGGUAUAUUGUAGAAAAGUUAGGUUAACCUAACCUAACCUAACCUAUACCGUCGCCCGCGAGCUAAGUGUAUAAUUCAAAAAAUGGAGGCCAUACGAUUUUGACUGUAAACUCUUCCAACAAAUUGUGUGUGAUGCUAAGCUACGCUAAUGCUUCGUCUAUCAUCAUUAUUUCUUUUGCUCAUUCCGCAGGUGUUGUAUUCAAUUGUUAUUGUUUAAGUUUAAUAUUGAAAAUAUUAUUAUAAAUAGAUGAUGCGACGCGUUUGGGUUGUUAUUAUGUUAUUAUUAUUAUUAUUAUUAUGUGGUUCCGUUUUACUAAUUUGUAAUUUUUAAAUUUGAUUUAAAUUUUGAGUUGACUACGGUCCAGCUUUCGGUACUCCACUCUCCUCCAGAUUAUAAUACGAGUAUACGAAACGAUUAUAUACAUCGAAUAAUUACAAUUACUAUUUAUUAUUAUUAUUAUGGUUACACGAUUGUAGUAAAUAUAUUUUGUAUAAUAUUUACCUACCACUUGUUUAAUUUUUCUAUUUUGUUUGGUUUUUGUUUAAUUUGUUCUAAUUUUUAAACACAACAAAAUGUUUUUAAUGUUAUUUUUAAUAAUAUUAUAUUAUGUAAUAAUUCAGUAGUAUUAAGGAUAUUUAUUGUUUAUACAUAUAUAUAUAUUAUAUAUAUUAUAUAGUUAUAAUUUAUAAUGUUAUAUAUUUUCAGUAUUUUUAAUAUUUGUUCGUAAACAAAAUGUCUACAUUAUAUUAUAUACUUUAAUGCAUAAAUGAAUAUUAUGUAUGUAUAGAUUUAAAAAGUAGAAAUACCACAGUGGCAUCAUUGGGCAUAGAAUAUACAUAUAAAAGAGCAUCUGUUAUUUUUUAAAGGACUAUACUGAACCAAAAUGUAUGAAAUCUAUGAAAAUGCCCAAACCAAAAAAAAACGUUUACUAAAAAUAUGUUAUAUGUCUUAUGUAUAAAUUAAUAUAUUUUUUUCUAACUGUAUCAAAUACAUUGUUUUGUUGUUUUUAGUACUUAUUAUGUAUAUAUUAAUUAUGUAUUACGUUACAUAUUAUUGUACUAUUAUUGUAGGUAUAAUAUUUCUACAUUACAGUUUUUUGUUUUUAAUUAGAUUUCAAAUUUUAAAAAAACUUUAUAAUACAAGACAAUAUUAUCGAUAAAAAAAACAAAAAGUCACUAGAAUUCGGUGGUUUAAUAAAACCUAACCUAUAUUGUAAAGAAAAAAACACGGAUAUACAAACAUGUAUUAUAUACUUUGUGUAAAAAUGAUGCUACCAAAGUGACGCCUCUUGUAUGGAGUUACUGUAUUUUGAAAUAAAUUAUUACAUUUUGCAUUCAA